ACGUAAACUUUCCGAAAUUCAUUGAAAAUCAGUCGAAAUCAGUGGCACUCUCAAAUCGGUCGUGUGGUGAUCUCGAAAACUACCGAAAAUGGUCAACGAAGUCCAAAACAAGAGCCCCCUGGGGGUUCCCCGAUCCCUAGGAUAUGCCUUGAAGCGCAGGAACGAUCGAUUUGUGGUGGAGCCCAUCGGAGGAAUCAUAAAUCCAGCCUACGAACCGGAUCUGGGUGGGGAUGUAUCCGCACUCCGGGAGAGAAAUACAAGCUGGCAAGUGUACUAAAAUAAUAGAAUUACUUACGAAAUGUGGGAUGUGGUUCUCCGUAUUUUAUAAAUCAGGAAAGUUUUAUCAAGGCUGGCUGUUUGUAGGCUCUGGUUUAGAAUCUAAACUAUUAUGCAAAA